UAAAGAAGACGAAAAAAGUUGAUAAAAUUAUAGUUGCGAAUCCGCUCCGAUUUGGAUGGAGGGUAAAAGCUUAAAAACAAGGGUUUUAGCAUGGUUCCUUUUACAAUAAAGAAUCUGAAAUUGAAUGGCGCAAAAUUCGGGAUCAGAACGGCGCAUUCAUCUUCUUAUGCACCACUAUAGAUAACACAAGAUCCAUCUUCAUCUUCCACUUCAGGUUCUUCUGCUUCUAUUCAAUCAGCAAUGGUUGCCGAAAGCAUUUGUCAGAAGCAAAACGAUCAUCCUUUCAUUCUAGGUCUUCAACCAUCCGCACUCGUUGACAGCGUCGCUCGCGUCGAUUACUCGUUACUCGAUCGUAUUCCCGGCGAACGCGGUGGCUCCAUUCCCGUUGCGAUUGAAGAGCUUGAAGAAAUACUGAAGGAAGUUGAAAGUAGUUUUCGUGAUGAGGCUAAUGAUUCUGGUUCUUCUGUGAUGAAAACUAUAGCUGGUGGUAGUGUUGCUAAUACGAUUCGUGGUCUUACUAGUGGAUUUGGGAUUUCCAGUGGAAUUAUUGGAGCUUGUGGGGAUGAUGAACAAGGUCAAUUGUUUGUUAAUAAUAUGUCCUCUCAUGGUGUUGAUCUUUCGAGACUCCGUAAGAAGAAAGGACACACUGCACAGUGUGUUUGCUUGGUAGAUGAAUUGGCUAAUCGAACAAUGCGGCCCUGUCUCUCAAAUGCUGUCAAAGUACAGGCUCAAGAAUUGACGAAAGAGGAUUUCAAAGGCUCCAAGUGGUUAGUGUUGAGAUAUGCAAUUCUCAAUUUGGAAGUUAUUCAAGCAGCCAUUGCUUUGGCCAAACAGGAAGGUCUUCUUGUUUCCUUGGACUUGGCCAGUUUUGAGAUGGUUAGGAAUUUUAAAUUACCACUUCUGAAGUUGCUGGAAUCUGGAAACAUAGACCUCUGCUUUGCCAAUGAGGAUGAGGCAACAGAACUUUUAAGGGGCGAACAGAAUGCUGAUCCAAUAGCUGCCGUAGAAUUUCUUGCCAAAUACUGCCAAUGGGCUGUGGUAACACUGGGCUCUAAUGGAUGCAUUGCUAGGCAUGGGAAGGAGAUGAUACGUGUCUCGGCGAUAGGAGAAUCAAAGGCAACAGAUGCUACAGGAGCAGGGGACCUUUUUGCAAGUGGAUUUUUGUACGGAGUGGUUAAGGGUCUGUCACUAGAAGAAUGCUGCAAAGUAGGCACAUGUAGUGGUGGAUCUGUCAUCCGCUCUCUUGGUGGUGAGGUAACAUUAGAGAAUUGGCAAUGGAUGUACAAGCAGAUGCAAGUGAAGGGUCUUCCCACACCUGAGGGCUUAUGAAAAUGAGUGUUGGCAACUGUUGCAUCACUUAUUGCCUCCUUCCUAUUUUUCCUUUUGCUUUUGCUUUUGCUUUUUUUUCUUCUUUUUCAUUCAGUUAUAUAGUUAAUGGCUGGUUUGACCAAUGCAUGGAAGGCUAGAUAUUUUUUGUGAAAGCACAAGUCGAUUCGAAUCUCAAAUGUACUUCAGCUUGAGGACUAAGAACUGAUUGAUAUUCCUAAUUUAAUAUUAACCCCGACGUUGAGCUUUACUUCAA